GCCGAGCAUGAGGAGGACAUGUACCGUGCUGCAGAUGAAAUAGAAAAGGAGAAAGAAUUGCUUAUACAUGAAAGAGUGGCAUCAGAACUCAGAUUAAGUGUGGCUCCUGAAAUGGAUAUCAUGGACUACUGCAAAAAAGAAUGGAGGGGAAAUACGCAAAAAGCAACAUGUAUGAAAAAGGGCUACGAGGAGGUUUCUCAGAAGUUCACCUCUAUAAGGCGAGUCCGCGGUGACAAUUACUGUGCACUGAGGGCUACGCUGUUCCAGGCAAUGAGCCAGCCUGCAGAGCUGCCUGCCUGGCUGCAGGACCCAGAGCUCACGCUGUUACCAGAAAAACUCAUAAGCAAAUACAACUGGAUCAAGCAGUGGAAACUUGGACUGAAAUUUGAUGGGAAGAGUGAGGACCUGGUUGAUAAAAUUAAGGAGUCCCUCACUCUGCUGAGGAAGAAGUGGGCAGGCUUGGCUGAAAUGAGAACUGCCGAAGCAAGGCAGAUAGCUUGUGAUGAACUGUUCACAAAUGAAGAAGAGGAAUACAGCCUCUAUGAAGCUGUAAAAUUUCUAAUGCUAAACAGAGCCAUUGAACUAUAUGAUGAUAAAGAGAAGGGAAAGGAAGUACCGUUUUUCUCUGUGCUCCUGUUUGCUCGGGAUACAUCUAAUGACCCUGGACAGCUGCUGAAGAACCAUCUAAACCAGGUGGGACACACUGGUGGCCUUGAACAGGUUGAAAUGUUCCUUCUCGCCUAUGCUGUGCGCCACACCAUCAAGGUGUACCGGCUUUCCAUGUACAACACCGAAGAGUUCAUCACAGUCUACCCCACUGACCCUCCCAAGGACUGGCCAGUGGUGACCCUCAUCGCCGAGGACGAUCGGCACUAUAACAUCCCUGUCAGAGUGUGCGAGGAGACGAGUCUGUGAGCGACACCUGCACCUGGCCAGCCCAGUCUGGGACAAAGAGCACAGGCAGUUCCUCGGCUUGGGCUUCAGGCCUGUGGGUCUCUAGAAUGAUCUAUGGGAACUCUUGAGUGCCUGCGAGCCACGUUGGACUGGGAUGUUCCGAAGACUAGCUUUUAACAAUAAGAACUAACCAGGUCCUUUCCCUCAUCUGUAAUGCAAUAUGUUUCCCUGGGGGCCUUCAGAGCACACCUUUGGAAGGUGCAGACUACAUCUUGUCCAUGAGGCAAAUACUUUUGUAUCAAAGGAGACUCAUUUGGAAAGGAGUAUAUUCUUUAUCUCUCAAAUCAAAACUCUGUCUGAUGGUAAACUGGCGUUUAAUUUUUUUUUUAAGAUAGUAAUUUUUUUUUUUUUUUUUGGUGGUAAUGGGUCUGUGUAGUAAUCUUCCUAUGCAAUCUCAGUGAUAUAAUUCUGGGUGGAUCUGUUAAUGGCACAGUCUUAACAUCCUCUGACAGUCUCAUCUUCUUUUGGAGGGAAGAGCAAUGGUCUGGAUUUACAUAUUAAGGUUAUUUUAAGCAGAUCUUAUAGAAAAUUAAGAAUUGGGUCCAAAAGUGGGUUAUUUCAAGUCUUUUUUGAAGGCUGGAGGAGCUGCAGGAGGGAAUGGCAGGGGAACCUAGAAUGUCUUGCUCUCUGUGACUCUGACAGGCGUCUCACAUCUCUGACGUGCUGGAGUCUGGGGCUCAGUGCAGAUGGUGCCACUUCGGUGUAGAUGAACACUGCUAGCAGUUGCACCCUAGUGUUGGGGCAGUUAAUUACUCUAAAGUUCCAUAGAUUCACGAUUUUAUAGUCAGAACGGAGUUUAUAUCCAUCUGUGGUUUUCGAGGAGGAAACCAAGGCCAAAUGAUUUCAGUCACUGAUCUAAGUUCCGAGGUGUAGCUGGGCUGGACCCCAGUCUUCCUGUGCUCUUUAAUGCAGUGUUUGAGGGUACGUCCAUUGCCCAAUCUGCAUGACUGCUCCGGAGGCAGAUGAGUACCAGCAAACCACCUGUGAUGUGCCGUGAGUUUAGGCAGAAGCAUGUAGUGUGCGUGAGUACAGAAGUGUGGCUAAGCAGCCCGUGCCCAGGACUUGGUCUGGGAAGCGUGAGGGAGGCAGCUUUCAUGGUCCUGAGCGGUAGCCUGCUCAGCUCAGGCUAGGAGUGACCGUGGGGGUGGCAGAGGGGCAGCCUUGCUGAGCAUGGUCUGUGCUAAGGCCUGAAUUGUCUGCAAGAGGCAUGGAUCUUGGCUUUUGUUCAGGGGAACCAGACACAUCAGUGUUUAGAACUCUAUUGGCAGCACCUGAAUUAGCUCAGCAUUUGUGGAGGUGGAGUAUCCCUGAAGUACUGCUUUAUUUUAUAAGAAUUAAAAUCUUUAUUUGGUCCAAUUUAAUAUAGUUUAUAAAUUGUCUAAUCUGUUUUUUGGGGGGAGGGGCAAACCUUCUUUUGUAAGUUUUGCUUUUAAUUAAAAAUGAAGUCUUAGUUAAGAAAACUCAGGAUGCACAAAAUUAUUCAGACUGUUACUUUAGUAUUUUCCCAUUACCUCGUUAGUACUAUUCACCACGUUUUGUUAUAUGUUUAUUGACUAGAAUGUUGGCAUCAAAUUUCUCUAAAUGUGUGUGAAUGCGUUGGAGAGGCUUUCUGUUUUUCACUGUGAAAUACAGUGGUGCCUUGAAUAAGGAGGUACCCAGAAGCCAAAUUAAAUUAAUAACGAUGACUUCUUUUUGGCUUUGAUGCUUCAUUUUGGUAUUUGUAAUUAUACAGCAGGAAAUGCUUACCAUUCAUUUUUUGAAGCAGAACUUGAAAUGUUUAGAUUGUACAUGGCAGUAGGGAUCUGCGCCCUUUGGGUACAUUGAAUCUGACCAUUGAUUCUUAUACACUAUUUAAUUUUAAUAGUACUCAUGAUAAUACUCAUGAUCAUCAAUCUUUGCAUUUUGAAAAUGUUCUAAUCUUAGUGAACUUGAACUGGACUUCUGGGCAACUUAAUGUUUACAUUUCAUAUUCUUGUUCUAUGUAUGAUAUUGUUAGAGUAUUUGCAGAAAUUGUGGUCUGAACCACUACAUUGAUAAAAAUUCAAAAGGG